GGAUAUCUGUGGAGCAAACCGCCACCUCCUGUGUUUAACAACAAAGUUCAAGUUAUUUACUAAAUUACUUCAUUUUAACCGGUCAACGUUAUAUAAGGAAAAGGCCAUCUUAAUCACGAAUCUAGGCGUCCCUUGUGUCACAAUAAAGGUCAUCGAAAUGGCUGAAAAUACAGAACAAACCGAGGGAAAACAGAACAGCUCUUCAUCCCCAGCAGUGACAGAUCAAGAGAAAGAAAUGGCAGCAAGUGCAUUUGAAGCUUUCACGGCUGGGAAGUAUGAUGAGUCUGUAAAACAUCUGGAAACCCUGCAAGAGCUGAACAAAGAAGACUACAAAAUUGCACUGAAUAAAGCUAUUGCAGAAUUUUACAAAAGUGGUCAAACCACUACGGGAACACUUAAGCAGAUCCUUAUGGCAAUGAGAAACCAGGUUCACACAUCAGUGGAGGACAUUGAUGGUUUGGAUGAUGUUGAAAAUAGUUUGUUGUACUACAAUCAAGCCAUCAUUCAUUACCAUAUGCGGCAGUACUCUGAGGCUAUUUCCAUUGGAGAGAAACUAUACCAGUUUCUGGAACCAUUUGAGAAGUUUGCUCAGGCUGUCUGCUUCCUGCUGGUGGACCUGUACUUGCUAACAUUCCAGCCAGAGAAGGCCCUUCAUCUCCUAGCUGUGCUGGAUAAGCUGUCUGUACAAGGAAACAGCAAGAAUGGGAAAGGAGAGAACAACAAUUCAAACAAAGAAGGGGCAAAUCAGAAGGCAGAGUUCAUGGCCAUGAUUGAGGCAGCCAAAUCAAAGAUGCAUCAGUACAAAGUAAGAGCCUACAUUCAGAUGAAAUCAUCCAAGGCUUGUAAACGGGAGAUCAAAUCCGUGAUGAACACAGCAGGAAAUUCCGCACCUUCGCUCUUUCUGAAGAGCAACUUCGAGUAUCUGAGAGGGAACUACCGAAAAGCAGUGAAGCUGCUUAAUAGCUCUAACAUUGCAGAGCAUCCUGGAGCCCUUAAAACAGGUGAAUGUGUAAAAUGUAUGUUCUGGAACAAUCUGGGAUGCAUACAUUUUGCAAUGGGGAAGCACAAUUUAGGCAUCUUUUAUUUUAAGAAGGCCCUGCAAGAGAAUGACCAUACGUGUGCACAGCUUGGUGAUGGCAGCAGUGGUCAGUCAAAGAAGUUUGCAGGUAUCCCCAUGUGUGCCCUGCUAGCCAACAAGCGCUAUGAGCUGCUCUAUAACUGUGGGAUUCAGCUGCUGCACAUUGGCAGGCCUCUGGCUGCCUUCGAGUGUCUGAUGGAGGCAGUGCAAGUUUAUCACUCCAACCCUCGGCUGUGGUUACGGUUGGCAGAGUGCUGUAUAGCUGCAAACAAGGGGGGCUCUGAGCAAGAAAGUAAGGGUCUACCCUGUAAAAAAGGCAUAGUUCAGUCUGUUGUUGGGCAGGGCUACCAUCGCAAGAUUGUCCUGGCAUCACAGUCUACCCAGAACACUAUCUACAGUGAAGGCCAGUCAGCAGCUAUCCCAGUAGCAAGUAUGGAGUUUGCAGCCAUUUGCUUGCGGAAUGCCUUGCUUCUCCUUCCUGAGCACCAGCAGCAAGAAACUAAAGUUGAGAACGGCUCCAAGAAUUCCAGCCAAUCAGGAAGCACAGAGAGUGGCAGUGAAAACAGUGAUGCUUGCAGUGGGAAGGGCCAAGAGGCAGAUAAGUUCCUGUCAGCUGCUCCAUCGUCACCUCUUCGGAAACAAGAAGUGGAGAACCUCAGGUGUUCUAUUCUGGCCUGUAGUGCCUAUGUGGCGUUGGCACUAGGAGACAACCUCAUGGCUCUCAACCAUGCUGAGAAACUCCUCCACCAAACUAAGGUCUCUGGAUCCCUCAAGUUCCUUGGUCACCUUUAUGCAGCUGAAGCACUCAUUUCCCUGGACAGGAUCUCAGACGCCAUUGCUCACCUGAACCCGGAGAAUGUCACUGACGUGUCGUUGGGCGUGCUGACCAGCGAGCAGGACCAAGGUUUAGACAAAGGGGAUGAACCUGUCGAGUCAUCAGGGAAGCAGACACCCUUGUGCUACCCUAGCAGUGUGACCUCAGCCCGCGCCAUGAUGCUCUUCAAUCUGGGCAGUGCCUACUGUUUGAGGAGCGAGUACGACAAGGCACGCAAGUGCCUGCAUCAGGCUGCAUCCAUGGUGAACACAAAGGAGAUUCCCCCAGAGGCCAUUCUGCUGGGGGUCUACUUAGAGCUGCAGAAUGGGAACACACAGGUGGCUCUACAGAUAAUCAAGCGGAACCAGCUCCUGCCCACGUCACACCAGACGGCUUCUCCGGACACAUGGAAGAAGCCUGUCCAGUCAUUCCCUUCAUUCCAGCCCAUCCAGCCCAUCCAGAUGCCCUCACCCUUCACACAAGCACAGCGCAAAUGAGACCCUUAGCUCUUUUAAAUCUUCUCCUUUUCCAAACAUAACAGGCACACAAACACCCAAUGGACCCAUUUAUGAGCCCAUAAUAUUUAUAAUGCUGUUUCCUCUCAGCAUCAAUAGCCAUAUAGCCGUGCAUGUAGGUCCUCCAGGUAUGAAUUGCAGAAGAGUGGCGGGGUGAUAUUCACACUGACACUCUUCAUGUUGUAUAAAUACAGAGAAGAUGCAUUCCCCGCCACCAGUGGCCAUUGACUGAACAGUACUAGCAUCUGAGAACUUUACAUUCAGUGAGUGAGGCAUCUAUUAAUUUGUUGUAUAUUGUCUGACAUUGCUUUAUGGCAAAUAUGGAAAAUAAAUUUAUU